AUCUGAUUACGAAGUAUUGUAAGAUCAAGGGGGUUUGGGAGGAUCUAAAUGAGGUGGUGAUUUUUGAAUCAAUUUUUCUGGGAUUUUGGGGUUUUCCCAACGAAGAGUGUUAUAGGAGAUUCUGUAAACAUCAGAUCGGGGAUAUGGGAUUUGUUUUGCUGAUUAGCUAUUCGAUUUCAUUAAAACUGGAUUCAUGCGAAGGGUGGAGAGCGGUCUUGAAGGAUUUCUUCAAAAGUGUUAAUUAUGACUCAAGGGCAAUGGUUCGUUAAGUCUGGGGGACAGAAGAAGCAAGUAUCGAGUGUAGGCUUGAAGAUUUCGAUCCCGAAGUUUGAUAACUCCAACCUCAUCAUGGGGUAUUCAAAGACGCUGAUUGGCCGCUGUAUGAAUCCUUUCAAACAGGAUAUGCAGGAUUUGCUUUUCCAUCUCCCAAGAAUCUGGAAAGUGGAGGAGAGAGUGGUGGGUGCGGAUUUGGGACUUGGAAGAUUCCAAUUUGAUUUUCAGGAGGAAGAGGAUAUCACCGAGGUGCUUAAGAAGGAGCCUUUCCAUUUUGAUAACUGGAUGUUAUCCAUUGUGAGAUGGGAACCGGUGGUGGAGGAGAAUUACCCUUCCAAGAUCACUUUUUGGGUGAGAGCUAUUGGAGUUCCCCUGCAUUUUUGGGCGGAGCCAACUUUUAGGAGCAUCGGUGAGGCGUUGGGAGUAGUUUGUGGAGAGGAUGCUAUAGAUAUAAAUGAGGGGAAGAUCCGUGUUAUACUGGAUGCUUUCAAGCCUUUGAUUUUCUCUAUUACUGUGGAGUUUCACAGUGGAGAGGAGACUGUGAUUGCCUUGAGGUAUGAUCGACUUCAUGGCUUUUGUAGGAUGUGCUCAAGCUUGAGACAUGAUCAGUCAAGGUGUCCCACAAAUAACGCUUUGGUGGAGGAUGGCGUGGGUCCGUCUGAGAAGCCAGACCAAGGAAAUAAGGCUUUGAGUUACAAAGGGGCAGUGGAGUCUCGCUCUACAGCGACAAAUGCUGGUGGGUAUAACGGGAGGCCGAAUCAACAGUCGACGGGGAGGAAUGAAGUCAAAGGAAAAGGAAUAGAUUAUGAGGGUGGAAAACAAGCUGGCUUAGCUAAAGGGGGUCCUGUGCGGAAGUAUAGAGAUCAAGGGAGAUCAACGACGAGGUAUGUUCGGCAGGCGGGAUAUCUACCACCUCAGGAGCUAAGGGAUAGCUAUGCUAUAGCUACGGGGGGUAUCAAUGGUUUAAAAAAUCAGGAAGUCGGGAGUCAUCUGGAUGCACAACAAAAAUUGAUGCUAGAUGCUUUCAAGAGUGGAGGAAAAGGAGAGGGGUCAGAGUCAAAGGCUCGUAAGGCCUUGCUUUUUGAGGAAGAAAUUGCUGGAGAGGAACAUUUGGAAACAACAGGAGAGGAACGUGUAGUAGGGCCUCAAGUGCAGGAAGUUAUGGAGACAUUGGCCUUACCUAUGGAGCUUUCUAGGGAGGUGGCAAAAAGUAUGGGGGAAGUAGCUGAGAGUAAGUGCUCUGGAGUGGAGAAUGGGAGUAACCAUGUGGAACAGAGGAGAAACAAGGUGGAGGAGGUGAUUCCGGAGAUGGUGGCAGGUUUAGAUGAUGAAGAAGAUAAUUUGGAGUAUGAGAUGAUGGAGGAUGGAGAGGAUGAUGUGGCGCUGGACCAAGUUGUCUUGGAUCAGACGUUUUCUAAUGACGUGGAGAUGGUGACUGAGGGUAUUACUCACUUGGAGGAAGGUUUGCCAACUGAUGAAAGUGCUGAACUAGCUGGAGAGAAAGAGCAUCAGGUCCCAAAAAAGAAAAACGGGAAACUUAAUGCGGCGGUGAUGGGGGGGAAUGCAAAGAAGAGAUUGGUGCAGGGCUUGGUCUCUCCAAGGAAGAAGGUAAUGGCAAAGCAGGCUAGUAAGGGGGUUGAGAAGGGCCCAGCUCACACAAAGAAGGCUUCGGUGAAGCCGAAAUCUGAUCAGGACUAGGUUCCUGUUGACCUUAUGUUAAUUUUAAGUUUUAUGAAUAAGUGUUGGGCUUUUGAUAUAAAGCCUCUAUCGUUUUCUGCUCAGUUUUUUUGGUUUAAAUUGCCUCUGAUUAUGUCAGGGUGUUGGAAUAAAAGAGUUGGUUCUAGUUA